UUUCAAACUAACAUGGGCGGAACGUCCAACGUUACUCAAACUCUGAUGCCGUUACUGCGCAAACGAGUUACACGCGUCAUUGUCAAUAUAUGUUCUAUUCUUGCAUCAAUCAAAUUGAACAAUGCUUCAAACAAGCCUCCGCUUAUAUAUUAUACUACUGUAAACACAUACGGGUUUUCGUACCGGGUUUCCAAGGCAGCAAAGAAUGUGCUCCUCAUCAAAGAUUUUGCCAGCUUCUUAGGCGACGAGGAUUGUGUGGUUCCUGUCAUAGACCCCGGAUGCGUACAAACAGACAUGGGUGGUGGCCAGGCACCAGUUACUCCAGAGCAAGCUAUCAGUGGAGUGACUAUAGUGAUCGAUAAACACUCCAAGGACUUGGACCGAGCCUCUUUAUACAUGUGUCGUUAUAUUGACGCCUGCAUAUGCCAGGGGCGUGUAUAUCUCAUAUGUUCUGCUCACUAA